AUGAAGAAAGCAGAGGUGGUGUUUAUACCCGCACCUGCUAUGGGUCACAUUCUAGCACUGGUAGAGGUAGCUAAGCUUCUUGUUCGACGUGAUGAUCGACUUUCCGCAACUGUUUUCAUUAUGCAUCCAACUCUUGACCUCACCACAACCAAAUAUAGUGAGUCACUUACUGCAUCAACUCUGCCCGGUGAAAAACCUCCGGGACCCGUUCAAGACCAAGACAUACUCGAAAGGAAAGAGAGUGAUGGGAGACCUGGGUCUGCCCUUGUGUGA